AAAAAACACUGCCUCUGAUUUAUCAAUAUAAAAAAGAUCCUCUGAGAGGAGUGGGCACUUUUGUGUGAUGGCAACUUCACUUCUAGGGGAAGAACCGAGGUUGGGAUCGACUCCUCUGGCCAUGCUUGCUGCUACCUGUAAUAAGAUCGGCAGCCCCAGCCCGUCUCCCUCCUCCCUCUCGGACAGCUCCUCUUCCUUCGGCAAAGGCUUCCACCCCUGGAAACGGUCCUCCUCCUCCUCCUCCGGCAGCUGCAAUGUAGUGGGUUCCAGUCUCUCAAGCUUCGGCGUGUCCGGGACCUCCAGGAACGGCGGCUCGUCUUCGGCGGCGGCGGCGGCGGCGGCAGCGGCGGCGGCGGCUGCAGCCCUGGUCUCCGACUCGUUCAGUUGCGGCUCGCCGGGUUCCAGCGCCUUCUCCCUAACCUCCAGCAGCGCCGCUGCUGCCGCGGCCGCCGCCUCCAGCUCCCCUUUCGCAAACGACUACUCGGUGUUCCAGGCCCCUGGCGUCUCGGGGGGCAGCGGCGGCGGGGGCGGCGGCGGCGGCGGCGGUUCCUCUGCGCACUCGCAGGACGGCUCCCACCAGCCGGUGUUCAUCUCCAAGGUGCACACCUCGGUGGACGGGCUGCAGGGCAUCUACCCGCGCGUGGGCAUGGCGCACCCAUAUGAGUCGUGGUUCAAGCCCUCACACCCGGGCCUGGGCGCCGCCAGCGACGUGGGCUCGGCCGGCGCCUCCAGCUGGUGGGACGUGGGCGCAGGCUGGAUCGACGUGCAGAACCCAAAUGGUGCGGCGGCGCUGCCGGGCUCCCUGCACCCGGCCGCCGGGGGGCUCCAAACCUCGCUGCAUUCACCGCUCGGAGGCUACAACUCGGAUUACUCAGGCCUGAGCCACUCAGCCUUCAGCAGCGGUGCCUCCUCGCAUCUGCUCAGCCCCGCGGGGCAGCACCUCAUGGACGGCUUCAAGCCGGUGUUGCCCGGCUCAUACCCGGACUCGGCCCCGUCGCCGCUGGCCGGCGCUGGGGGCUCCAUGCUGAGUGCCGGGCCGUCGGCGCCGCUGGGGGGCUCCCCGCGCUCCUCUGCGCGCCGCUACUCGGGCCGCGCCACCUGCGACUGCCCCAACUGCCAGGAGGCGGAGCGGCUGGGCCCCGCCGGGGCGAGCCUUCGGCGCAAGGGCCUGCACAGCUGCCACAUCCCGGGUUGCGGCAAGGUGUACGGCAAGACGUCGCACCUCAAGGCGCACCUGCGCUGGCACACGGGUGAACGGCCCUUCGUGUGCAACUGGCUGUUCUGCGGCAAGCGCUUCACGCGCUCCGACGAGCUGCAGCGGCACCUGCGGACCCACACCGGCGAGAAGCGCUUCGCCUGUCCGGUCUGCAACAAGCGCUUCAUGCGCAGCGACCACCUCAGCAAGCACGUGAAGACGCACAGCGGCGGCGGCGGCGGAAGCUCGGCGGGCUCCGGCAGCGGCGGCAAGAAGGGCAGCGACACCGACAGCGAGCACAGUGCCGCGGGCAGCCCGCCCUGCCACUCCCCGGAGCUACUGCAGCCCCCCGAGCCCGGGCACCGCAACGGCCUGGAGUGACGCGCACCCCGCGCCUGUCCCUCUCCCCGACCCCUCCCACCCCGUUCCGCUUGGGCCCUGGCUGGCCUGGCCUCAGCUCCAGCCUCUGCCCACUGCAUCCUGCUCGCUCACUCUCUGUCUCUUUGUGUCUCUGUCCCUCUCUUCUAACUCCCCCUGUGACUUUGUAAAGGAGAUAUGGACAUGUAAGUAACACGCGUUGCCGUCCUAGGUCCUAGCUUCCCCUCUCCACCCGGUAACACAUUCGGAGCCCCGCACAGCCCAAAUCUGAGCCUCGCCAGGCCUUUAAUGCUCGUUCUCCCUCCGCCAUCCCAGGGUGUGACGGGCCUGUCUUUAACAGGAGGCGGCUGCUGGAGGUAGAGCUGGACGAAUCCAGCCUGUGGGAGACCUGGGCCUCAGCCCCGGUGGGAACAACUCGGCUGAGCUAGGUUGAGCAGCGCCAUGGGGAGGGCGAGGCAGGAGGCCCGCGUAGGGCAUCCCCACGGGGCAGCUGACGACUUGGUUACAGAACAGCAGUCUUGGGCAUUUGGGCUUCAGAGAGUCCUGCCCGGCCGCUGCCCACCCUGCGCCGAACCGUCGGAGCUUUGUGGGGGUGCCCAUCUAGCCGCACCGAGAUUCGGAGUUUGCAAAGUUUAGCUCUCCCAACGUCAGUCAGCUCUGCCUCUUUUUCUUUGUUCCCUGAGGUGGAACCGAUGCAACUUUCAGCUAAGGGCAGUCUUGGCAAA